AGGUCCAGGCGCCCUCUGCCAAAGCAAGAGGCGAUAGGAGUCGAACUACAACUCCCAGCGUUCCCAGCGCCUCCCCGCCCCCCGGCGCAAACCGACCGUAGCUCGGCUCCAGUACAGUUUUUAAUUCUAUCUCGGGUCCACUCAGUCUCCGGGAAGUGUCUCUGACCCGGGCGCCGGCACGGAAGCAUGUCCCUGCACCUACGCAGGCUGAACUCUGUGCCUUGGUGCCGCGCGGCACGGGCGAGCUGCAGAGAGCUGCGCGCCUGGUCUGGGCGCUCUGCGGCCGGACGCAGCUGCGGGCCUCCUGGCACAGCCCGUACAGAGCACAGCCGCGGAUUGGGGUACGGACCGCCGGCCAGAGGCGGGCCCUGGCUGGGCACCGGGGUGGCUGCAGCGCUGGCGGGGUUAGCAGGGUUGGCCGCCGCCGCCUUUGGGCACAUGCAGCGGGCAGAUAUGGUGCCCAGGAGCUCGACGGAGCGGAGCCCCUCGCCGGAGGAGGAGGAAGACGACGAGCUGGCCCGCCGCUGCCGCUGCUUCAUGGCCCCGCCUGUGACUGACCUGCGCGAGCUGCGGAAGAGGCCAGGGGACAUCAAGACUAAGAUGGAGCUGCUGAUCCUGGAGACCCAGGCCCAGGUGUGCCAGGCGCUGGCGCAGGUGGACUGCGGCGCUAGCUUCUCUGUGGACCGAUGGGAGAGGAAGGAAGGAGGUGGUGGUAUCAGCUGUGUACUUCAAGAUGGGCGUGUUUUUGAAAAGGCUGGGGUGAGCAUUUCUGUUGUUCACGGGAAUCUUUCUGAAGAAGCAGCAAAACAGAUGAGAAGCAGAGGAAAAGUUCUGAAAACUAAAAAUGGUAAAUUGCCAUUUUCUGCUAUGGGUGUGAGCUCUGUCAUCCAUCCCAAGAAUCCUCAUGCUCCCACUAUCCACUUCAACUACAGAUAUUUUGAAGUAGAAGAAGCUGAUGGUAACAAGCAGUGGUGGUUUGGUGGUGGAUGUGACCUCACGCCAACGUACUUGAACCAAGAAGAUGCUGUCCAUUUUCACCGAACUUUAAAGGAGGCUUGUGACCAACAUGGUCCAGAUCUGUAUCCCAAAUUUAAAAAAUGGUGUGAUGACUACUUUUUUAUAACCCACCGUGGAGAGCGGAGGGGCAUUGGUGGUAUCUUUUUCGAUGACCUUGACUCUCCAUCCAAGGAGGAAGUGUUCCGCUUUGUGCAGAGCUGUGCCCAGGCUGUGGUUCCUUCUUAUAUUCCCCUUGUAAAGAAGCACUGUGAGGAGUCAUUCACACCCCAGGAGAAGCUGUGGCAGCAGCUCAGAAGAGGACGAUAUGUAGAAUUUAAUCUGCUGUAUGAUCGAGGAACAAAAUUUGGCCUCUUCACUCCAGGAUCCAGGAUUGAAAGCAUCUUGAUGUCUUUACCUCUGACUGCCAGAUGGGAAUACAUGCAUUCACCCUCAGAGAAUUCUAAAGAAGCUGAAAUUCUGGAAGUUCUGCGCCAUCCCAAAGAUUGGGUUCAUUGAUGCAGACAGAGCAGCUGUGUGGGAUUUGGAGGAUACAGGUGUGUGCCUUGCCCCACUGCUGGGACUGUUGCCACUGUGUGGCAGUUAGUUCUCUGUGCUUUAGUGCUCUAGUCUUGUCCUCUGUCCCCCACCUCCUUGGCAGGUGGUAAGAUAUGUGGUGGGUUGGCAGAUUGUCAGAGUCGAUGAGUAUAAAACUCACACUUUUAGAAUCAUUUUAUGUCACUAGUUUACAGAAUUUGACAUUGAGUUUCCAGGUGUUAACAUAAGGGAAUACAAAUCCUAUGAUAUGUACCCAGAAACGCCUCGUCUCAUUUUAUUUGUCAAAGUUUUAGUUUCUGCCACAGAAAUCUGUCAUGGAAUAUGUUUUGUCCUUAUUAAUGCAGUGAAAUUGAGACUUCUUGGCAAUUUUAGAAAGUAAUCUGGAGGUGACAUUUUUACUUUUUCAUUAUUAAUGUCUGAUAUAAUUAUUAUUUUUCUUUAGAGACCUUAAUAUUAUAAAAUAUUCAUUUUCAUGAUGAUAGGUAUUUGGAAACAGUUGAAAUUUUCUGAUCUCUGCAUGUAUCACAAUUCAGUGAUUACUUACAAAUUUUAACUCUAAAGUGACACUACUGUUAUUUUAAAAAGGAAUAUCUAAAGUUGUAAUUUUGAAUUUUUUUAGAAUAAUUUGUUAAUGUUGGAAUUUUCUGUACUUUUGAAAAUGAAAGCAUAUGUCCCUGGAUUCUGAUACUUUAAAGUCUUCUGUUCCAGACAUUUCUACAUGGAAGUUUUGACAAAAAAAUAAUCCUAGAAUUUAGGAAAUGUUUUUCAUUUGGAAAAUAAAAUGAGACUGUAUAUAAAUUAAAGAUUGUAUAACUUCUUUGUUCUUAAGAGAAAAACAAAAUUCUUAAUAUAUGACUUGCUUAUUCAUAUAGUAAUGUGAAUGUAUUAUUUUACUUGAUAUAUGAUUUAUCGAAGUUUGUGAGAAAUUGUGUCAUAUAUUUAAGCUUUAUCGUGAAACAUAUUCUAUAUAUAUGAUUAUAUGAGGCUCUUUUAAAUGCUAGAAAAAAAUAAGAUAAAUUU